CGGAGGUGCGGAAGAGAUCGGGAAGGUGUUGUUCAGUCACGAGUCCAGGAUUCUCACCCCCGGAGGCAGUGCCAUCUCGCCCGGGGGCGCGGGGCCACCCGCGAGCCCAUCGCCGGGACACUAUCAUCCUCCUGCACACAGUCCGCCCCUGGUCAAGAUUGGCGCGGUCCACGCCCACCAGCCGAACAAUAACCACCACCAGCAACAGCAGCAACAGCAACAACAGCCGUCGAGUCAACCGCAGGUGCCGGGUGUUGGCGCGGGAGGGGCCGGCGGGCCGGGGGGCGGCGUGGCCAGGGCCGGAGGCAUGUUCUGCUACCACUGCCCCCCGGGCCUCCCAGCGCCGCGAUUACCGCCAUCCCUGGAGUAUCCCUUCGCCCCGACUCACCCCUAUACUAGUUACUCCGCCUAUCAUCCAGCGCUACACGGAGUUGGCGAGGAUUCCUUCGUGCGGAGGAAACAGCGUCGAAACAGGACAACUUUCACCCUUCAGCAACUGGAGGAACUCGAGUCCGCCUUUGCGCAGACUCACUACCCGGACGUCUUUACGAGGGAAGAUCUGGCCAUGAAAAUUAAUCUCACGGAAGCUAGAGUGCAGGUGUGGUUCCAAAAUCGGCGGGCGAAAUGGCGUAAGAGCGAGCGAUUGAAGGAGGAGCAACGCAAACGCGAGGGUGGAAACAGCGGUGGCGGCGGCGGCGGCGGCGGCGGCGAGUGUCGCACAACUACUACAUUUUCUGUUAAUAAUGUAUUCUUGAGCGCCACGGGGAUAGGCGCAGGCUUCAGGCCGGUGGAACCGCCAACGUCCCUCUUCUUCUCGCCUCAUCUGGCCGCCCAGUUCUCGCCACCGCUCUUCGGUAAUAAAGUCGUCAGCAGCGCGUCGACGUCGUUGACCUCGACGACGCCGUCGUUAUGGACCACCAGCGACCAGCAUCGGCCGGGCAGCCUUCAGGAAAUGUUGUCUUGGUCGCCAACCGGCUGGCCCGGUUCUCUCUGCGGCUGUUGCAAACCCGGUACCGGCGGCACCGGCACCGAUCUCCACCGAAGUAACAGCCUGGCCGAGCUCCGAAGGAAAGCUCAGGAACACUCGACCGCCUCGGCUCUCCUCGGUGGUCUCGCCGGCUUCCCCGGAGGGCUACCUCUGCCUCUUCCCCUGCCGCUGCUGCCGCCGUUGUUGGGCCUCUCCAGGCGACCGGAGCAUCAUCAUCACCAUCACCUGCCCGGCGUGGUGCAUCAGAUACAACCCACUACCAAAGAAGAUCCCUAGGAUCGCCUCCACAAAUGCCGGAAUCGUCUCGUAAACGCAAGAUGUAAAUCUCAAAGAGAUAUUCUGCGCGUAUCGGAUGGUUGCAAAG